AGACCAUGGGGUGCAUUAAGAGCAAGGAAGACAAAAGUCCUACCAUGAAAUAUAGAACUGAGAAUACUCCAGAGACAAUUACUUCCCCUGUCAGCAAUUAUGGAUCUGAUUCAACCCAAGCUAAUCAGUCACCUGUAGUAAAAGGAUCAUCGAUUAAUUUUAAUAGCCAUUCCAUGACUCCUUUUGGUGGGUCAUCUGGUAUGACACCUUUUGGAGGAGCAUCUUCUUCAUUUUCUCCAGUGCCAUGUCCAUAUCCUAGUGGUCUAACAGGGGGUGUUACUGUUUUUGUGGCCUUGUACGAUUAUGAAGCAAGAACUAGAGAUGAUCUUUCAUUCAAGAAAGGUGAACGCUUUCAGAUAAUCAAUAAUACGGAAGGAGACUGGUGGGAAGCAAGAUCUAUUGCAACAGGAAAGAGUGGCUACAUUCCUAGCAAUUAUGUGGCUCCGGCAGAUUCCAUUCAAGCAGAAGAAUGGUAUUUUGGUAAAAUGGGCAGGAAAGAUGCAGAAAGAUUACUUUUAAAUCCUGGGAAUCAACGUGGUAUUUUUUUAGUCCGAGAGAGUGAAACUACAAAAGGUGCUUAUUCCCUUUCUAUACGUGACUGGGAUGAGAUUAGAGGGGAUAAUGUGAAACACUAUAAAAUUAGAAAACUUGACAAUGGUGGAUAUUAUAUAACAACAAGAGCACAAUUUGAAUCUUUACAAAAGCUGGUCAAACACUAUACAGAUCAUGCUGACGGCCUGUGCCAUAAAUUAACAACUGUGUGUCCAACUGUGAAACCUCAGACACAGGGUUUAGCAAAGGACGCCUGGGAAAUCCCUAGAGAAUCCUUGCGGCUGGAAGUUAAGCUAGGUCAAGGAUGCUUUGGCGAAGUUUGGAUGGGUACAUGGAACGGAACAACAAAAGUUGCAAUCAAAACUCUAAAACCUGGUACAAUGAUGCCAGAAGCUUUCCUACAAGAAGCUCAGAUCAUGAAGAAAUUAAGGCAUGAUAAACUUGUUCCACUUUAUGCUGUAGUUUCUGAGGAGCCUAUCUAUAUUGUCACUGAAUUCAUGACAAAAGGAAGCUUACUAGAUUUUCUUAAGGAAGGAGAAGGGAAAUAUUUAAAGCUUCCACAACUGGUUGAUAUGGCUGCCCAGAUUGCUGAUGGCAUGGCGUACAUUGAAAGAAUGAAUUACAUUCAUAGAGAUCUUCGAGCAGCUAAUAUACUUGUAGGGGAUAAUCUGGUGUGCAAAAUUGCUGAUUUUGGAUUAGCAAGAUUAAUAGAAGACAAUGAAUACACUGCUAGACAAGGGGCCAAAUUCCCAAUUAAAUGGACAGCACCUGAGGCUGCACUAUAUGGUCGGUUUACAAUUAAAUCUGAUGUCUGGUCAUUUGGAAUUUUGCUGACAGAACUUGUAACAAAAGGACGUGUGCCAUACCCAGGAAUGGUCAAUCGGGAAGUUUUAGAGCAAGUAGAACGUGGAUAUAGAAUGCCUUGUCCUCAGGGAUGCCCAGACUCUCUCCAUGAAUUAAUGAAACUGUGUUGGAAGAAAGAUCCCGAUGAAAGGCCAACGUUUGAAUACAUUCAGUCUUUCUUAGAAGAUUAUUUUACUGCUACGGAACCACAGUACCAGCCUGGAGACAAUUUAUAAAUUGAUGGCUUACAUCCCAUGCACAAAUAUGCCAAAUGUAGAGUACUUUUUUUUUAAAAAAAAUCCUUGCUAAUUGGAAGAACUCAAAAGAAGGCAAAUUGCAAUUUGCAUGUUCUUGUUAGCUGGCAAACUGGAAUUCUGAAAUACGGUUGCACAAAACCACUUUUUAAAGUGUUAUACCUAAAUGUAUCAAUGAUAUAUUUUUCUCCAAUAUUAUAUCAGGGUCCAAAAGAAAUACACUGAAAAAAAAAUGGGUGGUAAAAUUAGCAUUGCUAUAACAAGUGGAGCUGCUGAUUUCUUCUUUUUUCUUCUUCUAACAUUUAAGUCAUUAUUAAAGGCAACAUCAGCUAUUUAAAUAAACUUAUGAAUGGAAAUGGUCAAAGGAUAACAAAAUAGUUUAUGGGACCAACAAUACUAUUAUGUUAGAGUUAAGAGGGCUUUAAAUAUAAAGUUUUCUUCUAGGGCUCAUUUCCUCGGGUAGCUCUCAGCAGAUGGCAGCACCUGACCAACUUUCUCUGAGCUCAGAAGUUAGACUUGAUUAGUUUCAGGAAUACUGUGGCUGUAGACUAGAUAGGAAAAUGGAAAAAAUAUGGAUGAAGAAAAUGACAAAUUAACCCUAUAUUGUUGCCAAGAAAACUAUAUGGACAUGUAUUUGAAGACACCAGGAGUCAACUUCAACUCCAAAAAAAAUUACUUUUAAAGCAAGUAAUUUAUGAUAAACUUGAUUAAAUACUAGACCUCAAUAAUGGAACUGAAAAGCAUGUUGCACUGUGCUGAAACUUUAUAUUAAUAUAUCAUAACUGGAAAGUAGCAUAUUUUAUUUCUUACAUAGUUCAAUUAAGAAUGAAAUUAACUUCAUAAACCAUUAAUUCAUUUUGUAAUUAAGUUACUAGAGCACAAUGUUAAACCUGAAACUGCAAAAUGCAAUCAGAGGGAAAAGAUAGCAUCUUAAUGUUCAUGAUGUAGUGUUUCAAAGUUCCAAUUUCUAGUGAAACAUGUCCCGGGUUUUAAUUUUAAUUUAAUUUAAUUUUAGAAGGCACAUCUGAAAAAGCAAGUAAAGUGGCAAAUGCUUAUGAAGGUUCACCAAUUAAAAUGUUCAGGGAUUCACUAGAUUGCACAGCUUCUCUUUAUUAUGUACCUCUGUCAAAGUAUUUAUGAAAAAUACUGUAAGAUCUGAGAGCCCAUCAAUGGAACAGAUCUGAAUGAAAUGAACUUCUAUUUUGGCAGACAUAGCCCCCUCAUGCUAUUCUGGAACAUCCUCCAACCCCCACAAUAUACUUUGAUGGGAGGAUUGGUGUGCAUUGUUUCCCCAUUUUUGCAGUUCAGAGUUGUCAGAAUUCCAGAUUUAGCCCAAUGUAGGUAAGUGUUGGGAUAAUGAUAGCUGGACAGUACUCCAUCUUUCUAAUAAUGCACAGUGAUUCACAGUCAACUAGACAAUAAAUGGUUGCAUAGUGGUUCAUAAAACUCUUUAUAAAAGCAUCAGAUCAAAAAGCUGUUAUUAGAGUAGACUGAAUCCAUCUCCUCCUUGCAUUUCUUGGGAGAAGUUGGACUUUUCGUAGCCAUUAUGUAUAGCUUUAAACUAUAGGAACAGACCUUGCGCCUAAGCCAAAUUCAGCUAAUGAUAUUAAAACUGCACACAUACACUACUCGCAAGUAAAUUGGGGAGCAGGAGCUAUCAUAACCUCUAUCAUAUCAAGCAAUAAAAUCCUCUUGGCAUUUUAGAAUUUUUCACUCGAAACAAAUAUUGCACUUCAAAGCUUUUCUGUGAAAAUGAUUAUUAUUGCUAUCAGAAAAACCACACAUUUUAUUCUGGCGAAACUUAUAUGAACUUAUAAAAUUGUGCAAUCAAGUGGCAUUUUCUUUUCUCAUUUAUACAUCCCAUAACUAAAAUUUUUGAAAGGGCUCUAUGUAGCAAAUAAUACAGGAUUGUAAUUUCUUUUAUAUUCUGAAAUGGUAGUGCAGUUGUGUUUAUGUAAUAAUGCAUAUGCCAGAAAACUAGUCUGGUGUUAUUUGGAUUUUAAUUAAAAAUGCAACAAAUCAUUGUAACAAAUGUAUAGAAAGGAAAUUAAAAAACAGUAAUUUAAUGACUUUAUUGAAGAAAAAUAUGUAUUUUAAGCGUUAUACUUUCCAUGUUUGUUUUUCCUUGUUUUAUAGUGUAUUACCUCAUGUGAACAAAUAAUUCAACACAACACUUUUCUAUAUAUAGUAAUACAUGUAAAAGUGUGAUUAUUUUUAUAAAACAUGAUGUUGAAUUUGUUUCACAAGAUUGCUUUUGAAAUUCUAAUUACAAAAUUAUUUUUUAAGAAAAUAACGUGAUAAGUUCCAAGUUGCUUUGAAAUGAAACAAUCCUACAUAUACUUAUCUGAGACUAAGUUUAAUUUAACUAAAAGUAAUUGACUCCAUGAGACUUACAAGUUGACAUGCAUAGCACUGCUCCAUUUCUUUUUAUACUUCUUGAUCUUUAGAGAAUAUUCUGAAGUAUGUUGUUUUAUUAUGUAUUUGUUGGUAGAUUUCAACAGUCUACAGAAGACAUCAUCUUGCAGGUGCCAUGACUCACUUAGAAUAUUUUUUUUCUUGCCCUAGAAAUAUUAGAAAUUGUUUUAGUCCUUUCUCUGGAUAGGUUUGCAUAUCAAAAUAAGCCAAAGCAAGCAUGCUUUAUUAUUGCAUGGAUACUGAUACUUCUUCCGUCAGUAUAAGCAAAUCAAGAAACUUCUAAUAUUGAUUUAUUUAACCCUGCUAAGCUCAGGAUCACAAAUCAAGAAUUUGAAAUCAGAAAUUAUUCCCGAUUUUCAUUUUUGGCUGAUUAAAAUAUAAAGCAUCAAAGAUCCUGGCCUAGAAGCAAUUAAAUAAAGCAUGAUUAAGUUUUCUUGAUUUGUUUAACUGGUAUCUAAUAGCAGAAGGAUCUAAGCCAAACUGUGCAUGAGCACACUUCUUCUUUCCCAGAAAGUCUCUUUCCCCUGUAUGAAACUGGAAUGCUAUUUCUUUAAAAUGCACUGGCAUCUUCCAUUAAAUAUUGGAAAACACUAACCAUUACAUGUGCAUAAGGCACUUUGUUAUAUUUGCUGACAUUGUAAAUGUGUGCAUAAGGCACUUUGUUACUUUACAAACACAAUUGAUAUGCAUACAUCUCAUGGUCUUUGGGAUUAAGUGUCUCUGUUUAGAAAUUUUGGUGGAUAUUGUAUGAUGGGCCCUCACCAAAACUAAAACAAAAAAUCUUAAAAGAGCUGAAGUAUGUUUCCCCAAUCUUGAAGACAAGUGAAGGGAUGGGAAGGAGCUACCUAUAACAAUGUUAUAGUAAUUUCAAGUACAGAUCUUGGAAUUUCGUCUUCCUGAGCUAUGUGAUUUGUUGAUUAACUGUUGGGAAAGUACUGUAGCCCCCUUUUGCCUGGGUGGUAAUUUUCCUACUAAAUUAAUUGUCCUUUAUUGGACUGGGAGCAAUAAAAGCACAAUUUCUGCACAUUUUCAGUUAGAAAUAAAGGGAGCCACAAUUUUCUGAUAUGGCUCCUAGUUUCAUUGGAACUUUCAAUCGGAAAGUCCAAUAUAAUCUCAAAUUAUUUUUUGUGAAUUUUAUUCCAUGCCUUCUCACAAUCUUAUUCUUCUGUCAAUACUGUACAGCAUGACCCAGCAUCUCCAGUAACACUGUAUUUUUUUAAAAAAGUAGAAUUACUAGAACAAUUUUUAGAAUAUAAAUGCAAAUUUAUUACAUUUUCAAUUCCUAUGUUUAUUGAAUUUUCA